GUGUGCCGAACCGAUACGGCCAACGCUCGCAAGUGUGCCAACGCUUGCCUAUACGUCAAGUGCGGCAAAAACGCCAUCUGUAGACCCAGUUAUCACAAAACCCAAUGUUUCUGCGCCGCCGGCUUCGACGGCGACGCCUAUGAUCUCAUCCAAGGCUGUCAACCCGUGCGCCGCAAUGUAUGCGAUACUGACAUCGACUGUCACUCCAGUCAGACGUGUAAACAAACGCCGUCCGGAAUAUUGGAUUGCGUGGACGCGUGCGAAGCCGUCACUUGUGGUCCCAACUCUAACUGCAAAGGCAUCGGCCAUAAGGCUCAGUGUCUUUGUCUGUCCGGUUAUGUCGGAGACGCCGAUAAUGUACUGAACGGCUGCCGACAGAAGGAAACCAAUGAAUGCGAGUUUGACUUCGAUUGUCGCGAACCCACAGACGUCUGCAAACCUAUGAACGAAGGCCUCAAGAAGUGCUUUAACGCGUGUCAGUUCACGAGUUGCGGCACUGGAUCUCAUUGCGUGGCCUCCAAUCACACGGCUUUCUGCGACUGUAUCGGCGGUUUCGUCAGAGACCAGAACGCCGUUUGCAAACCCAAAACCAAUGAAUGCAAUCAAGACUCUCACUGUCCGUCUUUUGAAUCCUGCAAAUCGUCACCCUUUGGAUCACUGAAAUGUGCCGAAGCGUGCAUUGACUUCACGUGUACUCCGAACUCGCAAUGCGUUUCACUGCAACACAAGGGUCAGUGCAAAUGCGAUCCCGGAUUCACUGGCGAUCCCCAGACCAGAGCCGGUUGUGUCCCGAUUCCGAUCCACGGCUGCGAUGUGGACAUCGACUGCGCCAACCCUAACGACAUCUGUCAACCGGACGCCAGCGGUAUUCGCAAGUGUGUCGACGGCUGCUCUCACUUCGAGUGCGGCAAAAGUGCCGUUUGUAUUAUGAUUAACAGACAGCCCGAGUGUCGGUGCCCUCAAACCGGUCUCUACGUCGGCAACCCAUACGACCAAAGCAAGGGUUGUCGUCGAGUCGAGUGUAUGUCAGACCGCGAUUGCGCCGACAAUAAGGCCUGUAGUAAUCAAAACUACUGUUUCGACCCCUGUAUUAACGGGUGCGGCGCUAACGCCGUUUGCGUGGCUCAGGCACACAAUCCCAACUGUCGGUGUCUCUCCGGAUACGCCGGCGAUCCCUACUCUACCGGAUGUGUGGCCAUACGUCUGUGUGAAUCAAACCCAUGCAAUCCGUUGGCCCAAUGUCUCGACUCUCACGGCUCUUAUACCUGCAAAUGUCCGCCCGAUUAUAUCGGCGAUCCCUAUGACAAGAACGCGCGCGGCUGUCGACACCCCAACUCGUGUCCGAACGGCAACCAAGACUGUACGCCAAACGCUGUCUGUCUGCCCGACCCGUCGGGUGUAUUCCUGUGUAAGAAUGCGUGCGAACGACUCCAAUGCGGUCCCAACGCCGUGUGUCUGACCCGUAACCACUCGGCGCAGUGCAGUUGUCCCGACAACUUCAAGGCCGAGUCCGGAUCACUGGGUGGCUGUACCCGUAUUUCGCGUCUUUGCGUAGCGAAUCCCGAUUGCGGUGACAGUCAGGCCUGUGUUGACGGUCAGUGUCGGUUCGUAUGCACUUUGGACACGGAGUGCGCCUCUGGAGAGCGAUGUGUCGACAACUUCUGCGUCAAAGCCUGUAUAGUCCACGACUCGUGUCCACCAAACGAGGCGUGCAUCAUCGAUUGCAUCGACAACAACGGGUGUCCAGUCGGCCACUUCUGUCACGGGCUCUUCUGCAGAGCUCCCUGUCAUUCAUGCGUUGAGGGAGAGAAAUGUAUUAACAAUGUCUGUGCGAUGACCUGUUCCAGUAGUAGCAACUGUCCCACCGGUGAGGUCUGUAGUAAUCACAUUUGUAUAGCCGGCUGUCGAGCGGACGGCGAUUGCAGUAUAAACCAGAUCUGCGCUAACACUCAAUGCAUAUGCGUUCCCGGGUUUGAGUUCAAGACAGGACACGGAUGUGUUGACGUCAACGAGUGUCUGAGCAAUCCGUGUCACGAAACAGCCAUUUGCGAGAACAUUGCCGGCAGUUAUCGGUGUAUGUGUGCGGAGGGAGAGAUUGGCGACGGUUUCACGGGUUGCCAGAAUCCGGGAGAGUGUCCGCGAGGGGACUCUGACUGUCCGAAGAACGCCGCCUGUCGUAGCGAUUUCAACGGUAUCUCCAAAUGCGUCAAUCCAUGCGAUAUAAACCCUUGUGGACCGCAUUCAAUCUGCGCGGUGGCCAACCAUCAGGUCCUUUGCAAGUGUCCCGAAAUAGGCUUCUAUACGGGAGACCCCUAUAACCGACUCAACGGCUGCCAGAAAGUAGACUGUCUUCACGACGCCGACUGUCCCUACGAUCGACAGUGCGUUAAUUUCUUGUGCGAAAACGCAUGCGAUAGCGUCGACUGCGGACCGCACGGCACGUGUGUUAUACGGGACAGACAGGCGGCCUGUCGUUGCGAACAGGGCUUUGAAAACAACGGACGACUUAUAUGUGUGGACGUAGACGAGUGUCGACUCCAUCCCUGCCAUAACACAGCCGUUUGUGACAACAUUCCCGGCAGUUAUAGCUGUAAGUGUCAGCAGAAUCUGGUCGGCAACGCCUAUACCCAUCCCGGAUGUCACGAACCGGACGUUUGCUAUAACGGCGACUCCGAUUGUCCCGAUUCGGCCACUUGUAUACUCGUGGCCGGAGUUCCCAAAUGCCGCGACCGAUGUAACGAUCCAACCGUUUGCGGCCUAAACGCCACGUGUCUCAGUGUCCACCACAAGCCCCGGUGCUCUUGCGCUCAGAAUUUCUUAGGCGACCCAUACGUCCGGUGCGAAAAAGUCGAGUGCUCUACGAGUUUGGAUUGUCAUAAACAAAGCGAUAUCUGCUAUGAAAACAAAUGCAUUAACGUUUGCCAGACGUCGACCGCGUGCGGCGAUAACGCCGUUUGUGUGCCUCAGAUCCACAGCUAUACGUGUAAGUGUAGAGAAGGCUAUUUCGGUGAUCCCAUCGCCGGCUGUCGUAAGCGAUUGGCCUGCGAUACGGACGACAACUGCCCGACCUCUCAGUUCUGUUACGUCGACCACUUUUGUCGCAUUUCUUGCUCUUCUCAUCGCGACUGCAAUAACAACGAGCGCUGCGAGAAUGGAAAGUGCGUUCAGGUCUGUCAGUCCAACACCGACUGCGCCGAAGACUAUCAAUGCAUAAACUGGAAGUGUAUUUCCAAAAUUGAGAGCAAAUGCCAAUCGGACAGCGAAUGCGACCCCCAUUUGAGCUGUCGGGCCGACCAAAGAGGACACAACGACUGUAUGGAUGUCUGCGAGAACACACUCUGCGGUCGGAACGCCGUCUGCAAAGCGCACAAUCACUCCCCGGUCUGCGAAUGUUUGCCCGGUUUUGCCGGCAAUCCUACCGAUGAUAAGUACGGCUGUAAACCCAUUGAAUGCAUCGACAAUCAGGACUGCAAGGAUAGUCAGGUCUGUCAGAAGUACAAAUGUAUCGACCCGUGCCGUCAACAGCGCUUAUGCGGCGAUAACGCCAUCUGUUCUGCCGAACAACACGCGGCCGUCUGUCGGUGUUUGGAGGGCUUCGAAGGCGACGCUUUGGCCGCCUGUAUACCAAUCAACUAUUGCGCGAAACAUAGCUGCCAUCGAUCGGCCAUUUGUAAGAACAAAAUCGGAGGCUUUGACUGCGUUUGUCCGGCCGAGAAGAAUAUCGGUUCCCCCUAUGGAGAGCCCGGAUGUCGCGGUCCUAACGAUUGUCCCAAUGGUAACUCUGAUUGUCCGCCAAAUGCGGUUUGCGAACCAGACUUUGCCGGCAAUCUCUUGUGUCAAAACCCAUGCGAAAGAGCCCAGACUUGCGGACCCAACGCCUUGUGUCGAAUAGAGAUCCAUCAAAGUGUCUGCUCGUGUCCGGAAGGCUUCGCCGGCGAUCCACACGAUCACCGAAGAGGUUGCGUUCGCAUACCGUCCGUCUGCGCCACUGAUCGCGAGUGUCUGUCGGGAAUGGUGUGCGACUCCGGCCGAUGCCGACCGCCCUGUCAUUCGGAGAAGGACUGCGCCCUUCGAGAACUUUGUUCAAACAAUCGAUGCCUUCUCGGCUGCUCUACUGAUGAGGAGUGUCUCGGAGGAGAGAUUUGCGCCCAAAAGAGGUGUCAAAUCGGUUGCAGAACUGAUAACGACUGUCACUUCAAUGAGGCGUGUCUUCUCAAUAGCUGCAAAAAUCUUUGCGAUACUCCGACCUCUUGCGGCACAAAUGCCAUCUGCGAUAUGAUAAGCCAUCAGCCGAUCUGUAACUGUCCGACCGGUUUCACGGGAGACGCCAAACUCACCUGCAAUCGAGUGAUGCGAAUGUGUCUCUCAAACAACGACUGUCCACACAAUUACUUCUGCUCCGAAGGCCGCUGUAAACCCGAGUGCGGAUCCGAUAAGGAUUGCGCUUUGGGUGAGAAGUGUUUCAACGGUUUCUGCGCCCUUCUGUGCCGACACGACACCGAAUGCCAACACAACGAGAUAUGUAACCAAAACCGAUGCCAAUCUGGCUGUCGAUCCAACAGUCAGUGCGACGAUCACCUCAUUUGUACCCGAAGUCAAUGCAUGGAUCCGUGCGAAGGCAGCGCCGCCUGCGGUCCCAACGCAUUAUGCAAUGUUGUCAAUCACCGGAUCAGCUGCAGCUGUCCCGCAAACUUCGUGGGCCGGCCCACAGCCAACGUGGGCUGUAUGAGAGAGUCCAUCGCUUGCGCCUCAAACAUCGACUGUCAUUAUUCCGGCCAUUUUUGCACAAACUUCAGGUGUAGACCCACUUGUAGUGCAAACAAGGACUGCGCUGUGGAUGAGAAGUGCACGAACGGCAGGUGUCAUAUCCAUUGCACCAAAGAUCGUGACUGUCCUUCCAGUGAGAUAUGCCUUCAAAACACCUGUAAUGUCGGCUGUCGUUCCGAUACGGACUGCGCCUCCAGCGAGGCCUGCAUUAACAACCUGUGUAUCGACCCGUGCGCUACGCCCACCGCCUGCGGCACUAACGCCUUCUGCACUGUCGGCCAUCACGAGAAGAUCUGCACGUGUAAAGAGGGAUCCAUUGGCAACGCGUACGUCGAGUGCGUCCGAGUCAUCACCACUUGUGGUGCGAUCGCCGACUCGUGCGCUAUCGGCAGUCGAUGCGAAGAGUCUGUGUGUCGAACCCAAUGCCGAUCAGACACCGAAUGCUUUGACAAUGAGAAAUGUCUCGACAAUCUCUGCAGUAUUAUCUGUUCUUCCGAUGAAGUCUGUCCUCAAGGCUUUGUCUGCGAUGGCGGCAAAUGUAUGACUGGCUGUCGCUCUGAUGUCGAGUGUCCUACACAAGAGUCUUGUAUAAACCGCAAGUGUCUCAAUGUGUGCGCCAGUCCUACGGCCUGCGGCAGUGACGCCAUUUGUAAUGGUAUUAAUCAUCAGCCCUACUGUUCGUGUCCCACAAGAUAUACGGGUAAUGCGAAGAUCGCCUGCAGAAGAAUGGAUUGUGUCGUUGAUGUCGACUGCGGUUCCGCAAAGAUAUGUCAGAAUUACAAAUGCAUUACUGGCUGUCGAUCCGAUGGCGGAUGCGCUGACACUCAGAGCUGUAUUAGCCUUCAGUGCACUAAUCCGUGUCUAUAUAGCGGUGUUUGCGGAGAGAAUGCCAUUUGUCGGCCCAAAGGUCACCAACCGAUCUGUUCCUGUGCUCAACCAUUCGAAGGCAAUCCUAUUAUUCGGUGCACUCUUCCCGCACAAGAGGCCAUCUCUUGUAAGUCAGACAACGACUGCUCGAUCGACAAGUUCUGUAUUCAUCGCCAGUGUAUCACACGAUUCGAGUGCAGCGCCGAUAAGGACUGCUCUGUUGGACACAUUUGCGUCAAAGGCAAGUGUUUCAGCGGUUGUCGUCGUGACGAUGACUGCGCCCUCGAUAUGAGCUGUGUUUCACAGCAAUGCCAGAGUCCGUGCAGUUUCCGAGGCGCGUGUGGUGUGAACGCCGACUGCAUUCCCUUCAAUCACCGAUCGAAGUGCACGUGUCCUCCCAAUUACACCGGAAACCCAGAGACCCAAUGCCUGGAACUGCCCACUUGUCGCAAGAACGACGACUGUCCCACCGGUUAUGUCUGCCAAACGGGCAAAUGUGCGGUCAUAUCGGGCUGUGUGUCGGACAACGAGUGCCGUCCGUCAGAGAUCUGCGAAAAUAGUCGAUGCGUUGACGGCUGCAGAAGCAAUAGUGACUGCGAUUUCACCAAAUCUUGUAUUAAUAGAUUGUGUCAAAACCCGUGUAAUGUGAAGAUAUGCGGCACAAACUCCCAAUGCUUUGCCAUCAAUCACGACGGCAUCUGUCGCUGUCCUGAGAGCUAUACCGGAGACCCAACCAUAUCAUGUCAAGUGGAACAGGAAGAGUGUUAUGUCGACCCUGACUGUGGCUCUGAGAAGAUCUGUGUCAGCAAUCGUUGUCUCGUCGGCUGUCGCGCUGAUAGUAACUGUCCUUUCGAUAAGUCGUGUCACAACAGGCGCUGCAGUGAUCCCUGUUCUCAACAAACCUCGUGUGGCUUCAACUCGCUGUGCAAAGGCAUCAAUCAUAGAGCCGAGUGCUCGUGUCCGCCCAACUUCCAGGGAGAUCCAAAAGUGCACUGCAUUGAGAAACAGAGCGUUGAGUACGAGUGCGAAGAGAACAGCCAUUGCGGACCCGGAAAGGUAUGCGAACACCACUACUGUGUCUCCAUUCAGAAGCAAUGCUAUAGCGAUACGGCUUGUAAUCCGGGAGAGAUCUGCGACAACGGGAACUGUAUUAUCGGUUGCCGUCGAGACUCGGACUGUACUUUCGAUAGAGCGUGUUAUAACAGCAAAUGCGUCAACCCGUGCUCAGUACAGACCCCAUGCGGUCAGAACGCUAUCUGCCAGCCGGUCCUCCACCGACCGCAAUGCCGCUGUCCCUUCACUUUUGAAGGCAAUCCCUAUGACUAUUGCAAAGCUGUCACUAAAAUACCCACUCAAGAGUGCGCCGGCGAUAAAGACUGCCAUUUGGGAUAUCUAUGCGAACAGAAGGUCUGCAUAAUUGGCUGCAAAUUUGACGAAAACUGUCCCAACGAUAGGACGUGUCUUAACAAACAAUGUCUCAAUUCAUGCGAUUAUCCCGAUUCAUGCGGUGUGAACGGCAUUUGCACGACAGUCGGCCACCGGCCGCGAUGUUCGUGUCCGCCGGGCUUCACGGGUGACGCCAGCAUUCAAUGCACACCAGUUAUAAUACCGGUGUGUCUUCAAGACGGCGAUUGCGGAACCGGACAGAUAUGCGAAAACGGCAAAUGCAUUGACGCGUGUCGUACGGACGACACGUGCUCGUACACCAUGGCCUGCAUUAACCAACGCUGUCAGGACCCGUGCAGUGUGUUCGGCGCCUGCGGUCGCAACGCCUUGUGUCAGUCGGACAGUCACAGAGCGGUCUGCAGUUGUCCGCCAGAGUUCAGUGGAGACGCUUUCGUCAUCUGCGAGCGCGAAGACUCCCAUCAAUUGCGCGGCUGUGGCUCUGAUCUCGAGUGCAGCUUCGGCUACAUCUGUGAGUCCGGCAAUUGUAUUGAGGGCUGUCGUCACGACGAUCACUGCACUCCCGACGAGACCUGUUAUAACAGGCUUUGUCGCAAUCCUUGCGAAUACGCCAACGCUUGCGGUAUAAACGCCGACUGCUCUCCCAAUGCUCACCGACCGGUGUGUUCGUGUCACUCGGGAUUCAUUGGCGAUCCGCACGUCGAGUGCCGACCCCUUCAAGACGUCAGGGAAUGUGUUUUGGACAUCGAUUGCGGCAAUCGAUUGGUUUGCGAGAACUCUCGCUGUAUUAUCGGUUGUCGAGACAGUCAGGGCUGCGGUCUCGAGGAGUCGUGUAUUAACGGUAUUUGUCAGAACCCGUGCAGUCUGUAUGGCGGCUGUGGCCGUAACGCCGUAUGCAAGCCAUUCAACCACACGUCCAUCUGCUCGUGUCCGUCAGGACUCAAAGGCAAUCCAAACGUCGUGUGCACUGAAGCCCCGCCGCAGUGUCUGAAGGAUAGCGAAUGUGUUUUGGGACAGAUCUGUGAAAACACUCAAUGUAUUUCUGGCUGUCGUCUCGACAACAACUGUCACGAAGACCGCGCCUGUAUUCACGGCAUUUGUCAAAACCCAUGCCUAUUGCCCGACAGUUGUGGUGUGAACGCCAACUGUCAACCAUUCAAUCACAGACCCCGUUGUGAAUGCAUUAAUAACUAUAGAGGAAAUCCAUUCGUUAAAUGCGAGCCAAUUCCGGACGACUACUGCGAACAGGACUCGGCCUGUGCUUUGGGAAAGAUCUGUGAAGUGAAUCGAUGCAUAGACGGCUGUAGGAAUGACGCCAAUUGUCGAUUCGAGGAGUCCUGCAUAGCCAAGAAGUGUCAAAACCCGUGCAAUUUGUUUGGCGCCUGUGGUGUGAACGCUGUCUGCAAACCCUUAAAUCACGACAGAGUCUGCACUUGUAUUCCCGACUUUACUGGAGACCCGAAAGCGCUUUGCGAGCGGAUAUUACCGCCACCCGAGUGUACGUCUGACCCCCAGUGCCCUCUCGAACACAUUUGCCAGAAUCAGAGAUGCAGUUACGGCUGCAGAACAUCAGGUCAUUGUCCCACCGAUAAGGCCUGUAUUAAGAGUAAGUGUACCAACCCUUGUGGUCAUAGCGGCGCGUGUGGUAAGGAAGCCAUCUGUCAGUCGGCCAAUCACGUGGCCAUUUGCAGCUGUCCCAGUGGUUAUAGAGGCGAUCCCGAUGUCGAGUGCAAAGAAAUUCCUCCGGAAUGUAGAGGUGAUGACGAUUGUGGUCUCGAAAGGAUUUGUUUGAAACAGAAAUGCAUUGUCGGCUGUCGAAUGCACAACAACUGUCCCUUCGAUAAGGCGUGUGUGAAUGGCUUCUGUCAGAGCCCGUGCAGUAUAGGAGGCAUGUGUGGCGUCAAUACCAUAUGUAGAGCCGAGAAACAUGAGGCCCAGUGCUCUUGUUUGCCCGGAUAUACAGGCGAUCCUCUCAGACAGUGUACCAAAGUGUCGGUCGAGUGCGAAGUGGAUAAAGACUGCGGAAAUGGUUACGUUUGCGCCAAUCAAGAGUGCAAAGACAUCAACGAGUGUUUGAAAGAGCGCGUGCCCUGCGGUCCCGGCGCCAGCUGUACCAAUUUGCCAGGAUGGUUCAAGUGCUCCUGUCCCAUGUCACUGGUCGGUGACGCUUACGGCCCGGUCGGCUGUAGAGCUCCCCUUCCCGUCUGUUUCCAGGACUCCGAUUGUAAGGACGAACAGAAAUGCAAUCCCGUUACUCAAGAGUGCUAUGAUAUCUGUUCCCGACCGGGAGUUUGUGGUAAGGGAGCCAUUUGUAAAGCAGUCAAUUCCAAGUCCGAGUGUCUGUGUCCAGCGGGACAUCGCGGCAAUCCAUAUGUCGAGUGCUCUAUCCGUGAUUCGUGUAAUAACAACGGCGAUUGUCCCGGUAAUCUCAACUGUUUGGGUGACUUCUGCAGUUGUCCCAAACCAUUCCAACAAUUAUCCUCUUUCUGCAUACUAACGAGUGUCAACUGUUCGACAAGCAAUCCCUGCCCUCAAAACCAGGAGUGUGUCCACAGUCUUAGCAAUGAUUUGACCGGUUUCUGUAUCUGUCCGCGAGGUUUCGUCCUCACAUCCGACGGCUUCUGUCGAGAUAUCAAUGAAUGCGAUCAACAGACCUUCCCGUGCGGUCCCGGAGCCAUCUGUACCAACACUAUCGGCAAUUUCAAGUGUUCGUGUCCUCCGCACAGUUCGGGCGAUCCUAACGGAGACGGAUGUUUCGCCGAAGCUCCGAAACAGGAAUGUCUUCACGACUCUGAUUGUCACGAAGACAAGGCUUGCAUUGAAUUCAAGUGUUUGAGUCCCUGUUUUGAAGACCACGAAUGCGGACAAAAUGCCAUUUGCGGUGUUGUUAACCAUCGGAAGGAAUGCAAAUGCAAACCAUUGUAUUUUGGAAACCCGUAUGAAAUCUGUCGCAAACCAGUCGAGUGUGUCUCAGAUGGCAAUUGUCCCGGAAAUCUCAUCUGUUUGCCGGACAACAAGUGCGGCUGUCCUCCAGAGUUUGAAAGACAAUUAGAUUAUUGUUCAAAGCGAAGCCAGAAGUGCACGACAACCAACCCGUGUCUCUCAAACCAAGAGUGUAUAUUCAGCGGAACUGGCGGUGGAUUCUGUGUCUGUCCGCGAGGUUUCCGACUCUCGUUAGACGGUCUCUGCGAAGACAUCAACGAGUGCUUAGAAGAGCCGCAGAUUAUAUGCUCGAGAAAUGCCAGCUGUCAUAACCUCUUGGGUUCUUAUGAAUGCAAAUGUUUGAACCAAUACGAAGGCGACCCCUAUAGAGAGGGCUGUCGUAUUAUUCCGCCCCCAUAUAGAGGUUGUAGAGCCGACUCUGACUGCGCCCUCACCAAGAAAUGUGACUUCGGUUCCGGAGAGUGCUAUGAUCCGUGCUCUGCAACCACUGUCGUGACGGGUGUGAAGGGAUAUUCAGUGGCCGAAUACAAGUGCGGCCAAAAUGCCAUUUGCAGGACAGAGAACCAUCAGUCCGACUGUUACUGUCCGCCCGGACACGAAGGAAAUCCAUUCAAACUGUGUUUCAAGAAAAUCGUUUGCGGUAUUGACUAUCACUGUCCCGGAAAUCUGAUUUGUUUGGACAGCAAUACGUGCGGUUGUCCGCCAAACUUUUUCCGCGAAAACGACUACUGUUUCAUAAAGUCCGAGAACUGCACGACAACUAAUCCGUGUCCGCUCAACGAGGAGUGCGUCUACACCGGAACCCGAAGCGGCUUUUGUGUCUGUCCUCACGGCUACGAAUUACAUCCGAGCGGUGAAUGUAUCGAUUUGAAUGAAUGUCUUCACGUCCAGUGCGGCUCCGGUGCCAUCUGUAACAAUAAGCCGGGCGGCUAUGAGUGCAGCUGUCCCGUCGACUCCAUCGGCGAUCCAUACGUCAAGGGGUGCACUAGUAUUGAAGGCUGUCGUGCCGUCGAUGACUGCGCUAAUGAUAGAGAGUGUGACUUAGGAAGCAAACAGUGUAUAAGUCCGUGUUAUAUAUGUGGACCGCAUUCCGAGUGCACAGCCCGUGACCACAAAGCCAUCUGCACGUGUCCUAAAGGCCGUAUCGGCGAUGCUUACGAUAAGAGUGUCGGCUGUUAUGUAGAGCCAGAAAUCCCGGUCGAGUCACGAACAAUACCCCCGCCGUCAGAGAUAUUGGUGAUGUGUUUGGCAGAUGGCGUACAGGUGUCGGUCCAAUUGGACAGAUUUGACGGCAUUCUGUACGUGAAGGGUCACAGUCAAGACCCUCAAUGCCGACGAGUGGUGACCAGCAAUGAAGGCGAUUCCGUUGAUUUCAAAGUGCUGUUCGGUCACUGCGGGCUCAUCCAUGUGGACGGCGAGGCGUCGUUUGUGCUAAUCAUCCAAAAACAUCCCAAAUUAGUCACAUUCAGAGCGCGAGCCUAUCAUAUAAAGUGUGUCUACAAUACCGAAGAGAGGACUAUAACGCUGGGCUUCAACGUCAGUAUGAUUACAACGUCGGGCACAAUCGCCAACACCGGUCCGCCGCCCACUUGUAUUCUCUCCAUCUGUACUCUGGAGGGCAAAGAGAUCAAUAGCGCAGAGAUCGGCGACGACCUGUUGCUCAAAGUGGACGUCCAGCCGGACUUCAUUUACGGCGGUUUCGCCAGAAGUUGUGUCGCGAAGACUAUGGAAGACGACGGAGAGUUCCACUACGAGGUGACGGACGCCAACGGCUGCGCCACCGAUCCCAGCAUUUUCGGCAAUUGGGAGUACGACCCGCACGGGAAGUCACUCACAGCCCGUUUCAACGCUUUCAAAUUCCCGUCGAGUAAUAAUUUACGAUUUCAGUGCAAUAUACGGGUCUGUUUCGGCUCCUGUCCGCCCGUCAACUGUGACGGCGUCGACGCUUACGGCCGCCGCAAACGCCGUCAGAUCAGUGAUGAAGAUCUAGUUCUUAGCGACGCUUUCAAAGAGGGCGCUCUUCGGGAGGAGAUUAUGGUUCAGUCAAACGCCAUCCUGACCUUUGAGAAGCGAGACCCGCAGCCAUCACUUCCCGUACAGAGCGGUCCCAAGAUUGAAGACAUAGAGCACGUCUGUCUUCCCAAACUAGGGCUCAUAAUAUCCAUGAUAUUGACCACACUAUUGGCUUUGGUAGCCGUGGCUGUGGCCAUAUCCUGUUGGCUGAUGGCCUACCGACGCAAACCCAAACGCGCCGGACCUCUGCCACAUCCGCCCGACUUUCCUAACCCAUUGUAUACAACACCAGAACCAAUAGCCGAACCCUCACCCGACUAUUACCCGACAUCACAUAAUAUGUGACUCAAUUAGGGUCUCAUAUGACGGACUUUUCAGUCCGAAUGUGAUAAAAGUCUUAAUCAAAGCCUAAUUUAUGAAAAAAGUGUUCACUUAAUUAAUUUAUCGCAUCAUUUCAUUGUCUCAUCC